GUCCCACCCGCGUCCCCCCUCCUCUCCGGACACCCCUUGUAUCACAGUCUCUGCUGCUUAGGGCAGCUUCAACGCGCAGAAUAGUCAUAGGUUCAGAACGUUCAAGUCUCAGACACAUGUCCUCUGGAAGCACCGUACCACCGAGUCCGCCAAAGACGCCGACGCCCGUGUUUAGGGAGUACAAUUUCGAGCUGUCGCCUGUGCCUCCUAAUCCAUUGUUGGGCGGGAGGUGCAUCAAGACUGCUGCGGCGCUCAUUAUUGGCGACGAGAUCCUGAACGGCAAGACGCUCGACAGGAACUCGAACUACUUCGCGCGGUGGUGCUUUGAGUGGGGCGUGGAGCUGAAGCGCAUAGAGGUCAUCGCGGACGACGAGGCUGAGAUUGCGGAAGCAGCCAAGAGGCUCGUGCAAAAUCACGACCUGGUCAUCACGUCCGGCGGCAUAGGGCCGACCCACGAUGAUAUAACCUACGCCUCGCUCGCCAAAGCCUUUGGCCAGGACCUCGCGUACCACGACGAGACGCUCCGACGGAUGGACGAGACGUCGAAGCACCGGCGCUGGGUCUCGCAGCAGUCGGAGGAACAGAAGACGGCGCGGAGGCGCAUGGCGCUGUUCCCUGCCAACGCGGAGGUGCUCUUCGUGAGCAGCGAUAUCUUUGUCCCUGUUGUGCGUUUGGCGGGCAAGCUGCACGUCUUCCCCGGCAUCCCGUCGCUCUUCCAGAAGAUGCUCGAUAACUUGCCCCAGUUCCUCCCGCUUCCGCCGCCUGAAGAGCGGCCGUAUAGAGUGCAGGUCUUUACACCCCUCCCCGAAUCCACAAUCGCACCCAUCCUCACAUCCCUGCACGCCUCCCUCUCCUCCCCCUCCCCCUCCUCACAGUCGCAGUCGCAGCAGCACGCGCCCAUCCGGAUAGGCUCCUACCCCGUGCUGCAGUCGGGCGUGUACAUCUCGCUGAUAGGCUCGCACCAGGACCGUAUGGUGCUCGAGCGCGUGGCGAAGGAGCUGAUCGACACGCUCAAUGCGCAGUGGCGCGCGCAGGGGCGGGAUCAGUGUACGUGGCGCGAGGAGAAGGAUGGUGCUAAUGCCAACGCCAAUGCCAAUGUGAGCGGGAGUGGGAGGGCCGGGGAUAAUCAGAAGGCUAGGGAGGAGGCGCAGGGCGGGGCGAGGCUGGUGUCGAGGGAGGAGAUGGAGGCGAAGAGGCUUGAGAGUGAGAGGAAGAGUAAUCUUUGAAGUUGAGGGUUGGGUGAUCUGGUUUGUUAGAAUGGUGUUUUGUCUUUGUGUUUUGCUCUUCGUGUAUAAGGAGAAAUAUUGUGUAUAUUACCUGCAUAGAUGUAUGAUCGUGUUUU